CAUCCUCAUCCUGCUCCAGAGUACACAGGCCAGACAACAGUCCCAGAGCACAUGUAAAACAUGUACCCUCCUGCGCAGACGCAUUCUGAACAGAGUGCCACCGACACGAGUGCUCAGACUGUCUCCGGCACAGCUACACAGACAGAUGACGCAGCACAGACCGACGGCCAGCCUCAGACACAACCUUCUGAAAACACAGAAAACAAAUCACAGCCCAAGCGGCUGCACGUCUCAAAUAUCCCCUUCAGAUUCCGGGAUCCGGACCUCAGACAAAUGUUUGGGCAAUUUGGUAAAAUCUUAGAUGUUGAAAUAAUUUUUAAUGAGCGAGGCUCAAAGGGAUUUGGUUUCAUAACUUUUGAAAAUAGUGCCGAUGCGGACAGGGCGAGGGAGAAAUUACACGGCACCAUGGUAGAGGGCCGUAAAAUCGAGGUAAAUAAUGCUACAGCACGUAUAAUGACAAAUAAAAAGACAGUCAACCCUUAUACAAAUGGCUGGAAAUUGAAUCCAGUUGUGGGUGCAGUCUAUAGUCCUGAAUUCUAUGCAGAAGGGACUUCUGGCCCAGACUCCUCGAGUUUCCAGCUCACCAAUUUAGACUGGGUUUUGAUAAGAGCCUGGAAGAGCAACAAGUUGGAACCUGAUUGGGAAGGGCCGUUCCUGCUGUUACUUUUCACUGACAUUGCAGUGAGGACUGUGGAGCAAAACUGGACUCACUAUUCACCACUCUCAAAACUCCAGAAAUAA